GCUUCCACAGCUACCAGAGACGAUUGCAGUGAAAGGAUUGCGAGCUUUGGUUGACUACCCAGGAGAAUCCCCUUACAGUUAAAUCAUGUCAAGUGCUAAAAACGAAAACGUAAUAUUCGAUCUUGAUUCCGGAUUUAUUCCACAUUCUUUAGUAACAGUUACAGGACAAGUGAAACCCAAAGCCAGUAGCUUUGCAGUCAAUUUUAUAAGAGACGAUGAUAUAUUCUUCCACUUCAAUCCACGCUACUAUGAAGACGUUAUAGUACUUAACACACGUGAGAACACAAUAUGGAAUACUGAAGAAAGGAUUAAAGGAAACCCAAUAAAACAAGGCAGCAAGUUUAAGCUUGAGUUCCAAUGUGAAGAAAAUUUCUUCAAAGUAUUUUUAAAUGGUACAUUUCUGGUGGAAUUUAAGGCUCGGAUGCAUCCUAUCUCAGCCAUUACAGCAAUCAAGGUCGUAUCAGAUACUAUAGUCGAUGACAUUAGUGUCACAGCCAUGUAAACUUGAGAACCUAAAUGGUUGAAUACUUGCAAAAUAUAUUAUGAAAAAAGGCUGUCUUUGGAUGAGUUUCUUAUGUUCUGUAUACAUAAUGUGUAUGUUAAUAUACCCUUAAUGGGACUCCAUUAGGCUGAUCCAUAAUGGACAAGGACCUAGGAGCAGUGUUAGACCAGCCUAAACCCUAAAACACUUUCUUCUUAUUGAGAAAAACCCUGGUAUCCCCAUGUUUGAGUGGGUCAUUGUUCAAAAGUAACUGAUUAAUAAAGCCUAGGAGGCACUGUUUUUUGCCCACUA